CAUCAUCAUUUGAAGAUUUCUUCAUUUUCUUACGUUGCUCAUGCCCUUACACCACAUUAUGCAGGGAACGAAACUGCGAUUUCAAGAAGAAAUAGCUGCAUUAACAACGUGCUUUCUGAUGGAGAAUGUUAGCAAUAACACAUCUCCACUUAGUGUAAAGCAAAAAGCACCCAUUAUGGUGCCUCCUGCAGAAGAAACAGAGAAGGGUCUGUACUUCCUAUCAAACUUUGACCAGACUUCAUAUGUAGUUCGUACUGUUUACUGCUUUAAAUCGGAAGAUAAAGGCAACGAGGACGCCGUGAAAGUGAUCAAGGAUGCUUUGUCAAAGGUUCUUGUCCAUUACUACCCACUUGCAGGGAGGUUAAGCGUCAACACAGAAGGAAGGCUGAUGGUGGACUGCACAGGCGAGGGUGCUGUUUUUGUGGAGGCCAACGCAGACGGUACGGUAGAGGAGAUAGGAGACAUCACGAAGCCUGAUCCGGUCACCCUUGGAAAGCUUGUUUAUGACAAUAUUCCUGCCGCAAAGGAAAUACUUGAGAUACAUCCUAUGCUGGCUCAGGUGACUAAGUUCAAAUGUGGAGGUUUUGUUCUUGGCAUAUGCUUGAACCAUUGUAUGUUUGAUGGAAUUGGUGCCGGGGAAUUUAUGAACUCAUGGACUGAAACUGCAAGAGGUUUAUCCCUCAAAAUCCCUCCAUUUCUUGAUAGAAGUAUGCUCAAAGCCAGAAACCCACCUAAGGUAGAAUCUCAACUACAUGACAAUAUUGCUGAGAUCGAAGAUAUAUCAGAGAGCGACAAACUCUAUCAAGAAGAAAUGCUGUAUGGUUCCUUUUGUUUUGAUCUUGAGAGGCUUCAACAACUCAAGAAAAAUGCCAUGGAAGAUGGCGUUCUGAAAAAGUGCACAACGUUUGAAGUCCUCUCAGCUUUCAUCUGGAGAGCUCGAGUCCAGGCAUUAGGGAUGCAGCCGGAUCAACUGACAAAACUUCUGGUUGCAGUUGAUGGGCGGUCUAGAUUUGAGCCACCAUUACCCAGGGGGUACUUCGGGAAUGCUGUGGUUUUAGCAAAUUCAAUAUGCAAGGCAAGUGAGCUUCUGAAGGACCCACUCUCAUUUACAGUAGGGAGAGUUCAGAAGGCAAUAAAAAUGAUCACAGACAGCCACAUGAGAUCAGAGAUAGACUACUUUGAAGAAACAAGAGCCAAGCCUUCUCGAGCAGCAUCCUUGCUGAUCACAGACUGGUCAAAGCUAAACGUCAACGCGCUAGACUUUGGAUGGGGAGAGCCUAUUUUUCUUGGGCCGGGAAAUUUGCCUGAUAAGGAAGUAGCUUUUCUUCUAUCUCACGGGAAAGGGAGUAGAAGCAUAAGUGUUCUUUUGGGUUUGCCGGCUUCUGCCAUGAAAAUCUUUGAAGAACUCAUGCAGAUUUGAAGAUAUCUAGCUUCAUGGACUUUCUUCAUUUUUGAAUCGUUUAUGUUGCCUGAAUUAAUUCCUUCAUGUAUGGUGUUCUAUGUUUGGUAGCCAACGAUUUUUUUCUUCUAUUGUUUUCUCAAUAAGUUGUUUUCUUCACGUGGAAUUUGAAGAUCACUCUGUCAAUGAGAUUUUGUGCUAGGAAUCUCGAAAA